AUGACCAAUUCAUCAUCUAUUAAUAAAAAAAAUGAUGAUAUAUUACGUGUUAUUUAUGAUUAUACAAGUAAAGAAGAUGAUGAAUUAACUUUAAAACGUGGAAGUAUUGUAGAAGUUAUAUCAAAAGAUGAAAAAAUCUCAGGUUCAAAAGGAUGGUGGACGGGUAGACUUAUUGAUUCAGAAUCUGUUGGUAUAUUUCCGGCUAAUUUUGUUGCUAGUAUUGAACCAAAUUUACGUAUUAUUGAAGAAAAAGAUUUACAAAUUGGAAAUUUAAUUGGUAUUGGUGGUUUUGGUCAUGUUCAUUAUGGAAAAUUUGGUGAUGUUGAUGUUGCAAUAAAAUCUGCUAAAUCUUUAACAGCAUUUAAUUCUAUUGAAAUUCCAACAUCAUAUAAAUCUCAUGAUGAUGAAACAUCGGAUGCUGUACAAAAAAAACUUAUCGAGGGUCUUUUACAUGAAGCACGUCUUUUUUCUAAUCUUCGACAUCGAAAUAUAAUUCAAUUAUUUGGUGUUAGUCCAUCAAUAUCAACAAGAAAUCUUUAUCUUGUUAUGGAAUAUGCAUAUGGUGGUGCAUUAAAUUAUCUUUUAGAACGAAGAAAAUCUGGUCUAUAUCCAAAUGUAUUUAUUCAAUAUGCUAAACAAAUAGCUGAUGGAAUGAAAUAUUUACAUGAAGAAGCACCUGAAUAUAUUAUUCAUCGAGAUUUAAAAUGUUCAAAUAUUCUUAUUUUAGAAGCAAUUGAAAAUAUUCAUAAUGAUAAUGAACUUUUAUAUAAAACAUUAAAAAUUACAGAUUUUGGUCUUGCAAGAACACAAAUACAAUCAUCAAGCACGGCAACUGCUGGAACAUUUCCUUGGAUGAGUCCAGAAUGUAUUCGUAAUAAUGAAUUUUCAACAAAAUCUGAUGUUUGGAGUUUUGGUGUUCUUCUUUGGGAAUGUUUAACAGGUGAAAUUCCUUAUAAAGGAUUUGAUCAAAUGCAAGUUGCUUUUGGUAUUGCUACUAAUAAAUAUUCAUUACCUAUUCCAAGUACAUGCCCAGAAGAAUUUUCACAAUUAAUGAAAGAUUGUUGGCAACUUCUUCCACAAGAUCGACCAACAUUCAAUCAAUUAUAUGAAAAAAUUGAUAAAAUUAUUGAAACAAAUUAUGGAAAUAAUCAAUUAAAUAAUAUAGAAUCAAAUGAUGAAAAUUAUUCAUCAUUACAACAAGAUUGGCGUAAAGAAAUUCAAGAUAUUUUUGAAGAAUUAAAAACUAAAGAACAAGAAAUUCGUGAUCGUGAACAAGCAAUGCUUCAAUUAACAAUUCAACAAAAUCAUCAACGUGUGAGAUUAGAACAAUGGGAACAUGAAUUACAUGAACGUGAAAUGCAUAUUAUUGAACGUGAAUUAAAAUUAUUAUUAACAACUAGUACUCAAGAACGUCAUUAUCAACCAACACCAAAAGUACAAAAACGUUCAAUUCAUUGUGGUGGACGUUCAUUUUUACAUGCAGCACUUAAUGGUAAUAUCAUACUUUCACCAACUACUACAUCAGAUUUAAUUAGUGGUCCAACAAAUUUUCGUCACUUAGUAUCUGUCUGUCGUGAACAUAAUUUACAUCAUCAUCCAGCAAUUGAUUAUGAUCCAUCAUCAACACAAAUAUUAUCUCCAACAAAUCAUACAUUUUCAUCAAAUUCAACAAUAAUAACACCAAUAUAUUCUGAUUCAUCGAAUUCUCAACAUACUUCAUCAAAUAUUUAUACAAGUCAGAGUACACCAACAACACCUAAUUUAAGUCGACUUCGAACAUUAACUUCAAGUGGAGAACUUAUUAUAAAUAAAAUUGAUGAUGAAGAACCUUUAAUAAGCAAUGAUGUUCAUGUUCCAAUUAUAUCUGAUGAGUUUCAUGGUACUACAACUCCAAAAUCUACACGUUCUUCAUCAACUGGUGAAACUAAAAUGUCAUCAACAAAAUUACCACAACAUUCACAUUGGCGUAAAUCUAAACCAUGGCCAUCAUCAUCAUUAUCAAUAAAACGAAAACAUCCAAAAAAUCAUGCACGUCUUGGUGAACCUAAAUGGUAUAUAGAAACUAUGUCAUCUAUGAAUUCAAAUAAUGAUAAUACAACAAUAUCAACUUCAAAUAUUGAGCAAUCAAGACAAAAAUUAGGUUCUUCUUCUUCUUCAACAUGUUCAACACCAAAUGAUCGUUCAUUAGUUCGUGGUAUUUUUGAUGUUAAUUCAAUGUUAGUUUCAAUUGGACUUGGUCUACCUCUACCAACUCCAUCUAAUUUUUCUGAAUUUACUUUGUUUACACCUUCUUUUUCAAAUUCAUCUUCAUCUUCUUCAAAUACAAAAAUGAAAAAAAUUCAUAAUCAUACAAUACUUCGUUCAACAAGUGAAAUACCAAAUGUACAACAAACAUCACCAUUAUCUUCAACUAAUACAACUCCAUCUCCAUUAAUUAAAAAACAACAUAAACGAGCUUGUUCAUCACCUAUAACAGAUACUCUUACUCAAACGAAUGGAUCUCCAAAUAUAGAUUAUCGAACAGAACAUUGUUAUUCAUCUAAUCGACCUAAUUCUCUUACGUUAUCUUCUAAAUCAGCACCACCAUUAUCAACAACAACAACAAAUAUUAGUCAAUCAGAUUCACAAUUAGUUGAUAGUCAUAGAAAUCAAUCUAUAAAAAUUCCUCAUACAACACAAACAUCUGAAAUAUUUACACCUAUAAUACAUUCAAUAAUUUCAUCAUCAAAUAUAUCAACUUCUCAACCACAAUUAAAUCUUUCUUCUAUACUUGAUAUUGAUACUGAAGAACAAAGAAAACAUGAAGCUCAAGUUUUAUCACCAGAAAUCGAUAAGAAAAAAAUGUAUGAUUCACAUGAAGAUCUUGGAGGAGAUUAUUUUCAUUGA